AUGGAUGUGUAUUCCUUUGGAGAUCUCAUUAGUUUUGUUUCUGAUUACUUAAAAAAUAAGAAACAGUCUAAGAAGCUGAACGUCCUGGCACGAGAAAUGAUGGAUCCUGAAGCAGGGAAGCGACCAAACUUGACCAUUGUUCAGGAACGCUUGCACGAAAUCAUGAACAUCACAACGAAAUGUAAACGACUCAAAAAGAGAGUUGUCGAAGCAGUGGCAGCAGCGACCGUAUGGUGCAAAAAAUAUUUGUUCAUCGCCAAUGCUGAGGCGACAUCAACCAAUGAUACAUUUAUUUUAGUGUUGUCUAUGGUGGCGAUGGUGGCGGUGGCGAGGCCCCAGGGCGGCUAUGGUGGUCAUGGAGGACUAAUUCCCAUUGGCCCUGUACAAUAUAACUUCCAGUGGGAGGUCAACGACCCUCCGUCAGGCAACUCUUACGGUCAUCAGGAGCACAGAGAUGGAGAUAAUACUAAAGGAAGUUACUACGUGCAGCUGCCGGAUACUCGUCGUAUGUUGGUUGAGUACGUGGUGGACCAGUUCGGCUACCACCCCACCGUCACCUUCGAAGGCAAGGCCCAGUACCCUGUUGGACCCGGUCCAAAGCCUGGCUACUACCCCUAGACCACUUACGAUAUCCUCAGCUACUUCCUCAGACCAGCCGGUCUUGGUCUCAUCUCUGCUAGAACUACUACACGACUCACAUCUAUCUCAGCCGUUUCCUCAGACCAGCAGGCCCGGUCCUCAGCAAAGUUACUACCAGUAAACGAACCACAACAAUCUCAGCUUCUUCCUCAGACCAGCAAGCUCUGGUCUCAGCUGUGCUACUACCAGUAUACGACCCACAACAUUCUCAGCUCCACUCUCAGACCAGCAGAUCUUGGUCUCAGCUGAUCUACUACCAGCAAACAAACCAUCUCAGCUGUUCACUCAGAUCACAAACAACAACAAACAUCGGUGUAGAAGCUACA